CAGUUGUAGUAGGCUUGUCUGUUUGUAAGAUGAUGCGGGGACUAGUAGGUGUAUGAGAAAUAAAAUAACCCUGAAGUAUACUACUUACAUGUUAAUAAGCAGGACCUCCUAGUAGUGCCCACAGUAGAAAUUUAAAAUUUUCUAAUCCUCAUAACAUUUCUUGCCUCACAAGAAAGAAAAACUACUCAUGACCCAUUUCGCCCACGUCGGCGCGCACUGCGCAUAUCCCGGUUGCCACCAGCAAGAUUUCCUCCCCUUUACCUGCGUCCGCUGCCAGCUCGUUUUAUCCACAGUAAAUUUCCCGUACACAUACAAAUGCAGUCUCUGCAUGACAAAACUUGCCUGCAAUCCUAGUCUAGCAUGACAAGUUGGACACUGCAAGUUAGCGAAAUUUGUCAUGCACUUUGUACAUGUACGGAAAACGAAAAUUUACAUUGCAUGCGUUUUCUGCCUCGACCACAGAAGGGAAGAAGACCACAACUGCAAGGGCACCGCCGGCGUUUCCCGACAGGUGAUCAUUUGCCCAAUCUGCAAUCUAACAAUUCAGAAAGUCCCGGGCGAAGACGAAAAUGUCACGUGGUUGCGACACGCCAACACGCCCGGGCUGUGCCGGCCGGCAGGUGCAGGAGCAUCCGCAGCUGGUGGUAUAAACUCGCGGCGAAACAGUGGCGGAUCGCAGUCUCCGGAUGCUGGUGGAACAAAUAGCAACAAUAAGUGCGUAGGGGACGGGAAUUGGGAGGAAGCACUUGAUAGGAGGGGUGUGGAAGUGACAUGGAUGAGUAUUAAUGCGAAUGCGAAGGCAGGCUACGUCGCAUUGACAUGCAUUUUUGGCAGAUGCGAAGAGGACCAUGGGCAAGUAGCCGGUCUAUGA